AUGUCCGCCGCCGACACCGGUCUCCCCACCCAAUGGGAGGUCCGGCACUCCAACUCCAAAAACCUCCCCUACUACUUCAACGCCUCCACCAAAGAGUCCCGCUGGGAACCUCCCCCCGGCACGGACCCCGACAAGAUCAAGACCUACAUGGCCCUCCACCACAGCACCCCCGCCAACCCGUCCGCUUCUGGCGCGGCCAAAGAUGGGAAAAUCAGAGCGGCCCAUUUGCUGGUGAAGCAUAGGGACAGCAGGAGGCCGAGUAGUUGGAAGGAGCCGGAGAUUAGGAGGACCAAGGAGGAGGCCUUGGAGAUUUUGAGGGGCUAUGAGGAGAGGGUCAAGAACGGAGAGGUCAGCUUGGGGGAUCUGGCGACGAGUGAGAGCGAUUGCAGUAGUGCAAGGAAGAAGGGAGAUCUGGGAUUCUUCGGACAUGGCGACAUGCAAAAGGAAUUCGAGCAGGCGGCUUUUGCUCUCAAGCCGGGUGAAGUCAGUGGAGUUGUGGAUACGGCUAGCGGAGUGCAUCUAAUUGAAAGGCUGGAGUAA